AUCAGUAGUGUUCCAAUAUUACGACUCCUGGGGCUUUGGUAAUCUUUAUAUUUUUACAAUGACUAUUAUCAGGUUAUAAAAUUGGGUGAGGACGUACUGAGUGGCAUUUGAGUUUGACAUGGCAACGCAGAUAGUUCUGGUCUUCGCCCUCUUUGCAGGUCUGGCGUGCGCCUCGCCAUCGGCCCGCAUCCUGGGUGGCACUCCUUCCUCCGUGGAGAAACACCCCUCCAUCGUUCAGGUGGAGUCUAUGGGCUCAGCGUCAGGUAUCUGGGCGCAAUCCUGUGGAGGCAACAUCCUGACUGCCAGAUACGUUGUGUCAGCUGCACACUGUUUCCAUGGAAUUUUCUACGAGCCUAAGAACCGCCGCAUCAGGGCCGGUUCCUCAGAGCGCAACACCGGCGGUGUGGUCAUCCAAGUAGACGUUGAGAUCAAUCACCCAACCUAUGGCGUCAAUGACAUGGACGGUGACAUCAGCAUUGUCAGACUCCUGGGUUCUCUGGAAUACAGCCCUGUGAUCCAACAGGGUCCCAUUAUUCCUGCUGAUUUUAACUUGCCUGAUGGGUUACCUGUGGUGUUGGCUGGUUGGGGCGCUACCGAGCUCGGCUCUUUACCUUCCAACGAGCUUCUGGAAACUUCCACCUACAUAGUGUCCAGGGAAGUCUGUGCUGAACGUUAUGCUAGCUUAUCCAUCCCUCGCAGUGUUACUGAGAACAUGAUCUGCGCUAGUCAUUUGGACGUCGGUGGUAGGACAGCCUGCGCAGGUGACUUCGGAGGUCCUCUGUACUAUGAUGGUAUCCUUGUCGGAGUCUUAUCCUGGGGUGAGGGUUGUUCCAACAAGACCUUGCCUGGAGUCAGCACUGCAGUUGCUUCUUAUACUAACUGGAUUAUUGAUACUGCUGUUUAAAGUGGGUCUUCAAAUAAAAUAAAUGAUGAAACAUGGUCUUUGGGGAGGUAUGUGAAUGAUGAGGACGUUUUGUGGACUUGCAGAGUUUGGUGAAUAAAUUAUUAUUUAAUACAUAA